UCCGUGGGCGACAUCUGGCGUCUGGCGCAAUCCGUUCAUAACCAAAAUGGAAUUUUAACUUCAAGCAAGCUUGAAGCUAACCUAAAACUAAAGUUUGCACGUGUCGGCACUUUGUUUGUGCGUUUUAAAUUAAAUUUACAAACAAUAGAUACAGUUGGCACCCAGGAUUGACCCAAAUAUCUUGUUAAGCAAGUACAGUGUGUAAUUACGAAAGAAACAGGUCGUAAAUAUCAAAAUGACGGAAGUUUUACAACCCGGCGCAGAAGUGUUUUCGGAGAAGAAAAAGAAAAAGGUCAAGGAAAGCAAGGAAGGAGUGUCGCUAGGUCAAUUCCAGAAGCUUGGAGACUUUAAAAUCGAACCUACAGAAAGCGUCACGAAGCUUGAUACAGCGUACUGGCCAUUGUUAUUGAAAAAUUUUGACCGCCUCAACGUGCGCACUAACCACUACACGCCUUUGCCUUUCGGUCAUUCGCCGUUGAAGCGUCCGAUUGCCGAGUAUGUGAAAGCUGGAUUCAUCAACGUCGACAAACCGAGCAACCCGAGUUCACAUGAGGUAGUUUCAUGGAUAAAACGCAUAUUGAAAGUUGAGAAGACGGGCCACUCGGGCACGUUGGAUCCUAAAGUGACAGGUUGUUUAAUCGUGUGCAUUGACCGUGCUACAAGGCUUGUGAAGUCGCAGCAGAACGCUGGUAAGGAGUACGUCGCAGUUUUCAGUCUACAUUCAGCUGUCGAGAAUGUUAAAAAGGUUACUCAAGGCCUGGAGAAGCUGCGUGGUGCUUUAUUCCAGCGUCCGCCGCUUAUUUCAGCCGUCAAGCGUCAAUUGCGUGUGCGAUCUGUUUAUGACAGCAAGUUGCUCGAUUUCGACAAAGACAGGAACAUCGGUGUGUUCUGGGUUAGCUGCGAAGCUGGCUCCUACAUCCGUACCAUGUGCGUGCAUCUCGGUCUCAUGUUGGGCGUUGGAGGACAGAUGAUAGAGCUCCGAAGAGUUCGCUCCGGAAUCCAAGGUGAGAAGGAAGGUAUGGUCACGAUGCAUGAUAUCUUAGAUGCUCAAUGGGCCUACGAGAACCACAAAGAUGAAUCCUACCUCCGUCGUGUCAUCAAACCUUUGGAAGGCUUAUUGGUCGCCCACAAGAGAAUAUUCAUCAAAGACAGUGCUGUUAACGCAGUCUGCUACGGUGCUAAGGUUCUACUGCCUGGUAUCUUGAGGUACGAGGAUGGUAUUGAAAUUGAUCAAGAAAUAGUCAUUGUUACAACAAAGGGAGAAGCUGUAGCGUUAGCUAUAGCUCUAAUGACCACAUCAACGAUGGCCUCCUGCGACCACGGUGUUGCCGCAAAACUAAAGCGAGUUAUCAUGGAAAGAGACACUUAUCCAAGGAAAUGGGGCCUGGGACCUAAGGCUUCGCACAAAAAGUCAUUAAUAUCACAAGGCAAGCUAGAUAAGUUUGGUAAACCGAACGAGAAUACUCCAUCGGAAUGGUUGAACAGUUACGUGGAUUACAAGAAGAAGGAUACGAAUGGUGACGCAGAGGAUGACGUUGGUAGGAAGAGGACAGCUAGUACAGCUAAUGCUGAUGAUCCCGACAACUCUGUAGAAGUGAAAUCAGAGAAGAAGAAGAAGAAAAAGAAGAGGGACAGUGAAGCUGCUGAUGCUGUACCUGAGGACGGUUCUGGCGAUGCUACCAUGGAAGCUGAAACAACAACCGAAGCCGACUCGUCAAUACGCAAAGAAAAGAAAAAGAAAAAAAAGAAGGACAGAGAACAAGAGAGAGUGGACGAAUAAUAAAUGUACAAUAGUCUAGCUUCUAAGUUGAAAAUUUUAAAUAGGCUAAGGAUGAAUUAGAUAGAAAUAAAACAAUUUAUAAUCUGUGCAAAGCAAAUCAACUGUCAAAGUUCGCGCCUUUUCUUUGAUUGGUUUCUGGUUAUCGCUCAUUUCACUUGCUAAUGUUUAAAACUUUUUAUUAAAAAAUAAUAUCAAUAAUAAAGUAAAAGUAUUCCAGUGCGUUUUAUACUGAAACUUUUUUACGUUAUAAGCCAGUUCCUUAGAAUUUACUUGUUACAUGUUAAGCUUAUUUAGUACCUAUGAUUUCAUAGGACUUGUUAGGUUAUUGUGCCGUUACGAUUAAAUGUGGAUAUACUAGCUUACUUUCCUUUGUUACUGACUUAAGUAGAAACCCAUAGUUUUCGCUAGAUUCUAAGUUAAAAUACACAAAAGUUUCUUAUAUUUUUAUAAUAAAAUACGGGUUUGAUUCAGGUCGUGCAUUUAGCUUAAAUUCCCGUGUAUAAAUAAAUACCUAUGUAGAAAUGUAAUGUUUGGCCGUUAGAACUCGUAAGCCUGGUGCUUCUUAAUGUAAUUAUAAAAACUAAUGAGCGCAAGUACAUAGUACAUUGCUUCUUUUACUACAAAUUAACAUACAGACUCCUUGUUAUAACAAUCUUUAGAGUCAAAAUUAACGAAUUAGUACAAAAUUGAUUUGGGCUUAGAAGAAAUUAGAUGUCGUAACUUUUUUUAAAUUAUGUCAAAUAUUAAAACGUUAAAUAUUCUAAAUCGAAACUUGUUGCGUCAUUGCCUUUAUCAAAUUUAUUUAGCCUUGAUAGCAAGGCAGCUUACUAAUGUUUUAGAAUCGUGCCUGAAUUAGGAAAAUUCCGAAAAUUAUUACGGAAACCGCCAAGAGUUUGUAUUGGGAAGAUUAAUUUCUUGGUUAUUUUACUAUUAUAAGUGAAAUCGAACUCUUAAAAAUUGUUAUUCUUAGAGGUUUUUUUUCAAUAAUGAUUAAAGUUGUUUUCGACAUUUUUUUAAAACAUUACGUCUACUAGGCAAAGGUCAUAGCUUAUUGAGUUGUUUUAUUUUAUUUUAAGCGCUUAAUGUUUAUAGUAUAGAUGUUAAGUUAUGUUUUAAGAUAUUGUGUUGAAUUGACAACAUUAAAUCUUUACUCUUUA